AUGAGCUGCUGAAGCGCUUCCUCAGGCUCGCUGGGGUGGGAGGCGAGGAGGAGGAGGUGGUGGUGGAGGAGGAGGCAGAGGGUGGAGAGAGAAAGCUCACGCCGAGAGGAGGUGUGGGUGUUCCGCUUCCAUCCUCACGGAACGAGCUCCCUCUUCGCGGACAUGGGAUUACCCAGCGGCUGCUAACCCCUCUCCUCGCCCUGCUCCCCCAAAGCGGCGUGGCUCCCCGGGCACCAAGGAGCUGAGUACGGGAGGAGCAGGACUCGCAUCCCUGGCUGGGCGUGUUUUGGCAAGAGAGUGCCUGACCCGGGUCAGGAUUCUCAAGAAAGCCAUGUCUGACAAGAUGUCUAGUUUCCUUCACAUCGGAGACAUUUGUUCUCUGUACGCCGAGGGAUCGACAAAUGGAUUUAUUAGCACCUUGGGCCUGGUUGAUGAUCGUUGUGUUGUACAGCCAGAAGCCGGGGACCUGAACAAUCCACCCAAGAAAUUCAGAGAUUGCCUCUUUAAACUAUGUCCCAUGAAUCGCUACUCUGCCCAGAAGCAGUUCUGGAAAGCUGCUAAGCCAGGAGCCAACAGCACGACAGACGCGGUACUGCUUAACAAACUACACCAUGCUGCAGACUUGGAAAAGAAGCAGAAUGAGACAGAAAACAGGAAGUUGCUGGGGACCGUGAUCCAGUAUGGCAAUGUGAUCCAGCUCUUGCAUUUGAAAAGUAAUAAAUACCUAACAGUGAAUAAGAGGCUUCCAGCUCUGCUGGAGAAGAAUGCCAUGAGAGUAACGUUGGACGAGGCUGGCAACGAAGGGUCCUGGUUUUACAUUCAGCCAUUCUACAAGCUGCGUUCCAUCGGAGACAGUGUGGUCAUAGGUGAUAAGGUUGUUCUGAACCCCGUGAAUGCUGGCCAGCCCUUACAUGCCAGCAGCCAUCAGCUGGUGGAUAACCCAGGCUGCAACGAGGUCAAUUCCGUCAACUGCAAUACAAGCUGGAAAAUCGUCCUUUUCAUGAAGUGGAGUGAUAACAAAGAUGACAUAUUAAAGGGGGGUGACGUGGUGAGGCUGUUCCACGCCGAGCAGGAGAAGUUUCUCACCUGUGACGAGCACAGAAGGAAGCAACAUGUCUUCCUGAGAACUACCGGCCGGCAGUCCGCUACAUCUGCCACUAGUUCAAAAGCCCUCUGGGAGGUGGAGGUGGUCCAGCAUGACCCGUGUCGGGGUGGAGCAGGAUAUUGGAACAGCCUCUUCCGUUUCAAGCAUCUUGCUACAGGGCAUUACUUAGCAGCAGAGGUAGACCCUGACUUUGAGGAAGAAUGCCUGGAGUUUCAGCCCUCACUGGACCCUGAUCAGGAUGCCUCCCGAAGCAGGUUGCGAAACGCCCAAGAAAAGAUGGUGUACUCCCUGGUCUCUGUGCCCGAAGGCAAUGACAUCUCCUCCAUCUUUGAGCUAGAUCCUACCACCCUCCGUGGAGGCGAUAGCCUUGUCCCAAGAAACUCGUAUGUCCGGCUCAGACACCUGUGUACUAAUACUUGGGUUCACAGCACAAAUAUCCCCAUUGACAAGGAAGAAGAAAAACCCGUGAUGCUAAAAAUUGGAACCUCUCCCGUGAAGGAGGACAAAGAAGCAUUUGCCAUAGUUCCAGUGUCUCCUGCUGAGGUUCGGGACCUGGACUUUGCCAAUGAUGCCAGCAAGGUGCUGGGCUCCAUAGCUGGGAAGCUGGAGAAGGGCACCAUCACCCAGAAUGAAAGAAGAUCUGUAACCAAGCUGCUGGAAGACUUGGUUUACUUUGUCACUGGUGGAACUAAUUCCGGUCAAGAUGUUCUUGAAGUGGUCUUCUCUAAGCCCAACAGAGAGCGGCAGAAGCUCAUGAGAGAACAGAAUAUUCUCAAGCAGAUCUUCAAGUUGUUACAGGCCCCAUUCACAGACUGUGGUGACGGCCCGAUGCUACGUCUGGAGGAGCUGGGGGACCAGCGGCACGCACCCUUCAGACACAUCUGCCGCCUCUGCUACAGGGUCCUGAGACACUCCCAGCAGGACUACAGGAAGAACCAGGAGUACAUAGCCAAGCAGUUUGGCUUCAUGCAGAAGCAGAUUGGCUAUGAUGUGUUGGCUGAAGACACCAUCACUGCCCUGCUCCACAAUAAUCGGAAACUCCUGGAAAAACACAUCACCGCGGCGGAGAUCGACACCUUCGUCAGUCUGGUGCGAAAGAACAGGGAGCCCAGAUUCUUAGAUUACCUCUCUGAUCUCUGCGUGUCCAUGAACAAAUCCAUUCCGGUGACCCAGGAACUGAUAUGUAAAGCUGUGCUGAAUCCAACCAACGCUGACAUUCUGAUUGAGACCAAGUUGGUACUCUCUCGUUUCGAAUUUGAAGGUGUUUCUACUGGAGAGAACGCUCUGGAGGCAGGAGAGGAUGAGGAAGAGGUGUGGCUGUUUUGGAGGGACAGCAACAAAGAGGUUCGCAGUAAGAGUGUGAGGGAACUGGCGCAGGAUGCUAAGGAGGGGCAGAAAGAAGACCGAGACGUCCUCAGCUACUACAGGUACCAGCUGAACCUCUUUGCGAGGAUGUGCCUGGACCGCCAGUACCUCGCCAUCAACGAAAUCUCAGGCCAGCUGGACGUGGAUCUCAUUCUCCGCUGCAUGUCUGAUGAGAACCUGCCCUAUGACCUGCGGGCGUCCUUCUGCCGUCUCAUGCUGCACAUGCAUGUGGACCGAGACCCACAGGAGCAAGUCACUCCCGUGAAAUACGCCCGCCUCUGGUCCGAGAUUCCCUCCGAGAUCGCCAUUGAUGACUAUGAUAGUAGUGGCACUUCCAAAGAUGAAAUUAAGGAGAGGUUUGCUCAGACCAUGGAAUUUGUGGAGGAGUAUUUAAGAGAUGUGGUGUGUCAGAGGUUCCCUUUCUCUGAUAAGGAGAAAAAUAAACUUACAUUUGAGGUUGUAAACUUAGCUAGGAAUCUCAUAUACUUUGGUUUCUACAACUUCUCUGACCUUCUACGAUUAACCAAAAUCCUCCUGGCCAUAUUGGACUGUGUGCACGUGACCACAAUGUUCCCCAUCAGCAAGAUGGCGAAGGGAGAGGAGAAUAAAGGUAGUAACGUGAUGCGGUCCAUCCAUGGGGUUGGAGAGCUGAUGACCCAGGUGGUGCUCCGGGGAGGAGGCUUCCUGCCCAUGACUCCCACGGCCACCGCCCCUGAGGGCAACGUGAAGCAAGCAGAGCCGGAGAAGGAGGACAUCAUGGUGAUGGACACCAAGUUGAAGAUCAUUGAAAUACUCCAGUUUAUUUUGAAUGUGAGGUUGGAUUAUAGGAUCUCCUGCCUCCUGUGUAUAUUUAAGCGGGAGUUUGAUGAAAGCAAUUCCCAGACUUUGGAAACAUCCUCCGGAAGCAGCAGCCAAGAGGGACCAAGUAAUGUACCAGGUGCUCUUGACUUUGAACACAUUGAAGAGCAAGCCGAGGGCAUCUUUGGAGGAAGUGAGGAGAACACGCCACUGGACCUGGACGACCACGGCGGCAGAACCUUCCUUCGGGUCCUGCUCCAUUUGACGAUGCACGACUACCCACCCCUGGUGUCAGGGGCCCUGCAGCUCCUCUUUCGGCACUUCAGUCAGAGGCAGGAGGUCCUGCAGGCCUUCAAACAGGUUCAACUGCUUGUUACCAGCCAAGAUGUCGACAACUACAAACAGAUCAAACAAGACUUGGACCAACUGAGAUCCAUCGUGGAGAAGUCAGAGCUCUGGGUGUACAAAGGGCAGGGCCCCGACGAGGCCAUGGACGGUGCAUCUGCUGAAAAUGAGCAUAAGAAGACAGAGGAGGGGAAUAACAAGUCACAGAAGCAUGAGACCCCCAGCAGCUAUAACUACAGGGUGGUCAAAGAGAUUUUGAUUCGACUCAGCAAACUCUGUGUUCAAGAGAGCGCGUCGGUGAGGAAGAGCAGGAAGCAGCAGCAACGCCUGCUCCGGAACAUGGGCGCCCACGCCGUGGUGCUGGAGCUGCUGCAGAUCCCCUACGAGAAGGCCGAAGACACCAAGAUGCAGGAGAUAAUGAGGCUGGCUCACGAGUUUCUGCAGAAUUUCUGUGCUGGCAACCAGCAGAAUCAGGCUUUGCUCCACAAACAUAUAAACCUGUUUCUCAACCCAGGGAUCCUGGAGGCCGUCACGAUGCAGCACAUCUUCAUGAACAAUUUCCAGCUGUGUAGUGAGAUCAACGAGAGAGUCGUCCAGCACUUUGUUCACUGCAUUGAGACUCACGGUCGAAACGUCCAGUACAUCAAGUUCUUGCAGACGAUUGUCAAGGCCGAAGGGAAAUUCAUCAAAAAGUGCCAAGACAUGGUCAUGGCUGAGCUGGUUAAUUCAGGAGAGGAUGUCCUCGUAUUCUACAAUGACAGAGCCUCUUUCCAGACUCUGAUCCAGAUGAUGAGGUCGGAACGGGACCGGAUGGAUGAGAACAGCCCUCUCAUGUACCACAUCCACCUGGUCGAGCUCUUGGCCGUGUGCACAGAGGGCAAAAACGUCUACACGGAGAUCAAGUGCAACUCCCUGCUCCCGCUGGAUGACAUUGUCCGCGUGGUGACCCACGAGGACUGCAUCCCCGAGGUUAAAAUUGCGUACAUUAACUUCCUGAAUCACUGUUAUGUGGAUACGGAGGUGGAAAUGAAGGAGAUUUAUACCAGUAAUCACAUGUGGAAAUUGUUUGAGAAUUUCCUUGUGGACAUCUGCAGGGCCUGUAACAACACAAGCGACAGGAAACACGCAGACUCAAUUUUGGAGAGGUAUGUCACCGAAAUUGUCAUGAGCAUCGUGACUACGUUCUUCAGUUCUCCCUUCUCAGACCAGAGUACGACUUUGCAGACUCGCCAGCCCGUCUUUGUGCAGCUGCUGCAAGGUGUGUUCAGGGUUUACCACUGCAACUGGCUCAUGCCGAGCCAGAAGGCCUCGGUGGAGAGCUGCAUUCGGGUGCUCUCUGACGUAGCCAAGAGCCGGGCCAUUGCCAUCCCCGUGGACCUGGACAGCCAGGUCAACAACCUCUUCCUCAAGUCCCACAACAUCGUGCAGAAAACUGCCAUGAACUGGCGGCUGACGGCCCGCAAUGCAGCUCGCAGGGACUCUGUCCUGGCAGCUUCCAGAGACUACCGGAAUAUCAUCGAGCGAUUGCAGGACAUCGUCUCUGCCCUGGAGGACCGUCUCAGGCCCCUGGUGCAGGCCGAGUUAUCUGUGCUGGUGGACGUCCUCCACAGGCCUGAGCUGCUUUUCCCGGAGAACACAGAUGCCAGAAGAAAGUGUGAAAGUGGUGGCUUCAUUUGCAAGUUAAUAAAGCACACUAAACAGCUGCUAGAGGAGAAUGAGGAGAAACUCUGCAUUAAGGUCCUACAGACCCUCAGAGAAAUGAUGACCAAAGAUAGAGGCUAUGGAGAAAAGGGUGAGGCCCUCAGGCAGAUUUUGGUCAACCGUUACUAUGGAAACAUCAGACCUUCAGGAAGAAGAGAGAGCCUUACCAGCUUUGGCAAUGGCCCGCUGUCACCAGGAGGACCCAGCAAGCCCGGGGGAGGAGCAGCCCUCUUGGUGAUACUUGAAUGA